CAAUAGAGCUUUUUGAACGCAUCGCGUAGAAGCAAGUAGUCGUGCUUUAUUUUGGAUGGGUGUGUUGGCGAAAACUGAAUAUUUAAGGCAUAAAUAAUUAUUACGUAGCAUAUCAAUAAGCUGGAAAUGGCUGAUUGGGAAACUGUAACAAUUCUUAGAAAGAAAGCUCCAAAGGCGUCAGCGAUGAAGUCUGAACAGGCUAUCAAUGCAGCACGUCGGCAGGGUGUUGCGGUGGACACUCAGUCAAAAUGGGGAGCUGCCACAAACAAACAGCAUGUGACAACAAAGAACACAGCCAAGUUGGAUCGUGAGACCGAAGAACUGAAACAUGAUAAAAUUCCAUUGGAUCUUGGAAGGUUGAUUCAGCAGGGACGUCAAGCAAAAGGAUGGAGUCAGAAGGAGCUUGCAACUAAAGUAAACGAAAAACCACAGGUCAUCAAUGAUUAUGAGGCUGGACGGGGAAUUCCCAAUCAGGUUGUUAUUGGGAAGAUAGAAAAAGUUAUUGGAAUAAAACUACGUGGCAAGGAGCGGGGCAGACCGGCUCCGCCCCCUGGGACCAAGAAGUAAACCUGUCCCUGGGGGCAAGAAACUCUGUUGCACUCUGUCCUUCAAAAGAUAUAUACUGGAAUCACAGUACAAUCUCUUGAGAUGAAAGUCCGAAUUUUUUGUGAUCUUAAGUACGCUGCUGUGGUACAUUCUGCAUGUGGGGAAGCCUUUUUGUUUGGUGUCAGCGCCAUUUUCACUGCAUAAACUGAGCAACCUUUAUAAUGUUCUAGGGUGUGUGCAUUUUUGAAGCAGUUAAAAAUAAAAUGUUAUUUAAUUUCCAUGCCUGUGUUUUGCAAUGAAGACUAUUAAUAGUCAUGUUAUUUGGGAGCUUUGAAGACAAUAGGAUAUUGCAGGGAGUAUAAGGCUCAUUGUUUCAUGAAUUUCUGUGUGGGUUUUGUUGUUUUAAAUAUUUUUGUUCGGGUGUUUUUUUUUUUCCAGUUUUAACACACUGUAAAGAUUACUUCAUGUAGAUACUGGUAAUGUGUCCAUGUAUGUCAGAUUUCUGUGUUCAAAUUAUAUGGAAAUGGUUUCUUAACAGAA